UGGGGUGAAAGGAGGCUGCCCACGCACGUGGUGCCCGUGCACUACGACCUCCUCAUCCACCCCAACCUCACCACGCUGACCUUCUCCGGCUCGGCCAGGAUCGAGGUUGUGGUCUCGCAGGAGACCAGCUGGCUCGUCCUGCACAGCAAGCGCCUGCGCAUCGCCCAGGCCGCCAUCGAGGCCGGGCCCGGCGGCGCCCGCUCCGUGCAGGAGGUGCAGGUUUUGGAGCAGCAGCCCUUGGAGCAGGUGGCCCUGCUCGCCCCCGAGCCCCUGCGGCCCGGACACAGCUACACGGUCAGCGUGCGCUAUGCUGCAAACCUCUCCGAGGCUUUCCAUGGCUUCUACAAAAGCACCUACAGGACUCAGGAUGGAGAGCUCAGGGUACUUGCGUCCACACAGUUUGAGCCAACAGCUGCACGAAUGGCCUUCCCGUGUUUUGAUGAACCAGCCUUCAAAGCCAGAUUUUCAAUUAAGAUUAGGAGGGAGCCAAAGCACCUUGCACUAUCCAAUAUGCCGCUUGUGAAAACUGUGAAUAUAUCUCCAUCGCUUGUUGAGGACCAUUUUGAUACCAGUGUCAAGAUGAGUACUUACCUGGUGGCCUUUAUUGUUUCAGAUUUUAAAUCCAUCAGCAAAAUAACUAGUCAUGGAAUUAAGAUUUCUGUAUACACAGCACCAGACAAGAUCCACCAAGCUGAUUAUGCUUUGGAUGCAGCAGUGAAACUUUUAGAUUUCUAUGAAGAUUAUUUUAGCAUUCCAUAUCCUUUACCUAAACAAGAUUUAGCAGCUAUUCCUGAUUUUCAGUCUGGUGCUAUGGAAAACUGGGGAUUGACCACCUACCGGGAGUCUGUGUUGCUGUAUGACCCUGCAAAGUCCCCGGCGUCCUCUAAACUGUCCAUCACGAUGACAAUAGCCCAUGAACUGGCUCAUCAGUGGUUUGGCAACCUAGUUACGAUGGAGUGGUGGAAUGACCUCUGGUUAAAUGAAGGGUUUGCAAAGUUUAUGGAGUUUGUGUCAGUCAGCGUUACCCACCCAGAACUGAGAGUCGAAGAUUAUUUUUUAGGUAAAUGUUUUGAUGCCAUGGAAGUGGAUGCAUUAAAUUCGUCACAUCCUGUGUCUACUCCUGUGGAAGAUCCAUCUGAAAUUUUAGAAAUGUUUGAUGAUGUUUCAUAUGAAAAGGGAUCUUGUAUAUUAAAUAUGCUGAGGGACUACAUGACUGCUGAUGUGUUUAAAGCUGGACUCAAGCAGUAUCUGCAGAGAUACAGCUAUAAAAAUGCAAAAAAUGAAGAUUUGUGGAACAGCAUGACAAAGAUUUGCCCUACUGUAGAUACCGAUGAAAGCAUAUUACAAGGUGAUAACUUUUGCAGAAGAAACCAAGAGUCAUUUUCAAAUGGACACUGGACCAAAAGAGAGGCUGUUGAUGUGAGGGCAAUGAUGAACACUUGGACACUGCAGAAAGGUUUUCCACUGGUAACUGUCACAGUGAGAGGAAAGAAUGUCCAUCUGCAGCAGGAGCGCUACAGGAAGGGAGUGGAUUCUCCUUCGUCCACAGAGUACUUGUGGCACAUUCCACUAACCUACAUUACCAGUAAAUCUGACAUAGUUCAAAGAUUUCUGAUGACAACUAAAACAGAUGUCUUCAUUCUUCCAGAAGAAGUAGAAUGGAUUAAAUUCAAUGUUGGCAUGAAUGGGUAUUACAUUGUGCACUAUGAAGAUGAUGGAUGGGAUCGUCUGAUUAACCUUUUGAAAGAGAACCAUAUGGUGAUUAGCAGCAAUGACAGAGCAAGUCUCAUUAACAAUAUCUUCCAGCUUGUGAGAAUAAAAAAGUUGCCAAUUUCCAAAGCUUUUGAUUUAACUUUAUACCUGAAACAUGAGACAGAAAUCAUGCCUGUAUUCCAAGGUAUGCAGGAAUUGAUUCCCAUAUACAAGCUUAUGGAGAGGAGGGACAUGGAUGACACAGCAAAUCAGUUAAAGGAGUAUAUAGUCAAUCUGUUCAAAGACCUAAUUGACAAGCAGUCUUGGAACGAUGACGGCUCGGUGCCAGAGAGAAUGCUCAAGCACUCACUCCUGCUCUUCGCCUGCGUGCGCGGCUACCAGCCCUGUGUGGACAAAGCGCAAGAGUAUUUUGUGAAAUGGCAGAAGUCCAAUGCAACUUUGAGCUUGCCAACAGAUGUGAAGACAGCUGUGUACACUGUUGGAGCACAAACACCUGAAGGCUGGGAUUUCCUCCUUAGUAAAUACAGGCUGCAUUCAUUCAACCUGGACAAAAAUCAAAUUGCUUUGGCGCUCAGCCGUAGCAGGAAUAACAGCAAACUCCAGUGGUUAAUGGAUCAAGGUCUGCGUGGUGACAUAAUAAAAACACAGGAUCUUCCCUAUAUUAUUGCGUUUGUUGCCAGAAACCCAUCUGGCUAUCAUCUAGCUUGGACAUUUCUAAAGAACAAAUGGGAAAAUCUUGUUGAAAAGUUUGAACUUGGUUCACAAUCCUUAGCCACCAUUGUCAGUGAAGUGACAAAUCAGUAUUCUAUGAGGUCGCAGCUCACAGAGGUGAAAGAAUUCUUUGACUCUCUGGACAAAAAAAGUUCACAGCUUCGUUGUGUCCAACAAGCUAUUGAAACCAUUGAAGACAACAUACAGUGGAUGGAUAGAAAUUUCGAGGAACUCAAAACAUGGCUGCAAAAUAAAAAGCUAUAAAACAUUAUUUACAUUUGCCAAAAA